GUACUUUUUUAUGAGUCACUUUCCAUAAAUUUUAUUUUCAUAGCAAAUAGAACUUAUAGACGGUUCUUAAGAGAUCUUGAGAUCUUUUAACUGGUUUACCGAAGUACAAUAACCAGGACAUAUUUAAUCUAUCAGAAUUUCACAAAUACCUAUACAAUCAAGCAAGUUGGCGCCUAAGAUCUUGGGUCUAAGACUGAAAACUGUUCGAGCUGCUUUUCACUCCUACAGCACAAUGUCUCAAGAUCUCCCGAGAAUGAAGACCCGCGUCCUUAGGGUACCAGAGAAGGAUUUAGGAAAAUUUAGAGGAGACGAGGAAUAUGAGCAAUCAGGAUUAUGGGAGGUCUCUCAAACUCCAUCACCCAGUCUCCAAAUCCUUCAUGAGGCUGCAGAUUAUCUGAGGACUAAGGAUACACCAGUUGCGUUCCCAACUGAAACCGUCUAUGGGCUUGGAGCGGAUGCAACGCGAAGCAGUGCGGUUAGGGGGAUCUAUACUGCGAAGAGGAGGCCAGCAGAUAACCCCCUAAUCAUUCACGUCUCAGAUUUGGACAUGCUUCGAAGGGUCCUAACCCCUGAGGAUACGACCAACGGUACGACCAAUGGCAAAACAAACGCUAGAACAAAUGGCACAACGGAAACUAUCCAUGAUAGAAUACCUGAGAUAUACAAGCCUCUCAUAGAACGAUUCUGGCCAGGACCCUUGACGAUACUGCUUCCCAAUCCAACUCCGUCCAAGUUAGCCCCUGAAGUAACGGCCGGGCUGAAGACCUUUGGUGUUCGGAUGCCGAAGUCACCGCUUGCCCUCUCACUUAUCAAACUAACGGGUGCACCCCUAGCAGCUCCAUCAGCAAAUGCCUCUACGAAACCUUCACCAACUAUGGCUGAGCACGUACUCGAGGAUCUAGAUGGCCGUAUCGAACUAAUCCUUGAUGGUGGCCCUUGUCACGUUGGAGUUGAAAGCACAGUAGUAGACGGUUUAUGCGAUCCUCCUUUAAUUCUAAGGCCUGGCGGAGUCAGCAUAGAUGAAUUACGGAGCUGUGCCGGAUGGGAGAAGAUCGAAAAGGGGUAUAAAGACCAGAGCGAGUCAGGCAAAGCUGCACCAAGAGCUCCCGGAAUGAAAUACAAACAUUAUAGUCCCAAAGCGAAGGUGGUUCUGUACGAGGCGAGUUUCGCCGCAGCUAAAGACGGCAUUCAGUCCGAGGACUUCGAUGCGUUCGUACAAAAUCGGCAAUCACAGGAAGACCCACAUGUCGGUAUAAUACGAACUCGAUAUUGGAAACCUGCUGCUGGACUGCAAUGCGGUGACUUUGAAAAGCGGGAAACGGUAAAGACGGAGACUAGUCAGGGGAGUCAGGAGGCAGCUGAGCUUGAUGUUCAAGAAACAGCACUUUAUGAUACCACGAGUGGAGCUUCGAUCGGGAAGCUUAUGGAUAUAAGCAUAGGGGCGGACACUAGGAGCAUAGCGCAAGGACUCUUUUCGGCGCUACGGGAACUGGAUAGACGAGGUGCGGAUAUCAUAUUUGUAGAGGGUACAGUAGACGAUGAAGAUAUCGGCGCGGCGGUCAUGAACCGGCUGCGCAAGGCAGCUUCUCGGAUUAGGUCGUAGAUCAUAGCCGGCACGACCACGCCGUCUAUCUCAAUGCCAACACUUCGUUAAGAAUAAAAUAACGACU